AGAUCCACACCUCGUGCAAUCACGUCUAUUAUCUCCUCAGAAUCUUUAGCCAAAAAACCAAAAAAGACCAAAAGAAACAUUCCUAUAAUAACGUGGAAGCCACUUUUAUUUAAUUUAAUUUAAUUUAAUAAUAAUAAAAAAAAACCACCUAAAUACACAUAUAAAUAACAACACUCCAUUUGCUAAAUCUUGCACCACAAAAUUAAAAACCAUGGCUUCUCUUAAACAAACACUUACAACUCUAAUCCCAUCCUUAAUCAUCAUUCUAUCAACAUUAGUACUAAUUGUUGAUUCAUCAAGCACUCCAAGUACUUAUUACAACAAAGUGUUGAACCCAAUAGACUCUUGUUGGAGGUCCAAAUCGAAUUGGGCCUCCAACCGUCAAGCCCUAGCUGACUGCGCAGUUGGCUUCGGCAAAAACGCAAUCGGAGGCAAAUACGGGUCGAUAUACGUUGUAACGGAUCCUUCGGACAACCCGGAAACUCCCAAGCCCGGUACGCUCCGGUACGGUGCGAUCCAGGAUAAGCCGCUGUGGAUCACUUUCGCUAGGAGCAUGGUGAUUGAACUCGGGAACGAGCUUAUGGUGAAUAGUUACAAGACGAUCGAUGGGAGAGGGGUGAAAGUGGAGAUUGCUAAUGGUCCGUGUAUAACGCUGCAGUACGUUAAGCAUGUGAUUAUACACGGGAUUAGUGUGCAUGAUUGUAAGCCCGGGAAUUCGGGUAUUGUGAGGAAUAGCCCGACCCAUAUGGGCCAUAGACGGGGCUCCGAUGGAGAUGGGAUUGAUAUAUUUGCUUCGUCGGAUAUUUGGGUCGACCAUUGUUACCUUGCGAGGUGCACCGAUGGUCUUAUCGAUGUCAUUCAUGCUUCGACUUCUAUCACUAUCUCUAACAACUAUUUUACGCAACACGACAAAGUAAUGUUGUUUGGACACGAGGAUAACAAUUUGGAGGACAAAAGUAUUAAGGUAACAGUAGUGUUUAACCAUUUCGGCCCUGGUUUGGUUCAAAGAAUGCCAAGGGUUAGGUUAGGAUACGCACACGUGGCAAACAACAGAUACGAACAGUGGGAAAUGUACGCUAUUGGCGGGAGUGCUAAUCCAACAAUUUUCAGUGAAGGAAACUAUUUUAUGGCACCCAAUAAUCCUGGCAUUAAACAAGUUACAAAGAGAGAGACAAGCGGGUGGAAUAACUGGAAAUGGAGAUCAUCAAGAGAUAAAUUCUUCAACGGUGCAUAUUUUGUUCCAUCGGGAUACGGGAGCUGUGCACCCGGCUACACCGGAGCGCAGUCCUUUCCGGUUGCUGACGGUGCGAUGGCCCCCGCUCUGACGGCGAAUGCUGGCCCCUUGAGCUGCACUGCUAAUAAACCAUGUUGAAAAUGUUUUUUUGUAAAUAUAUUUACAAUUAAUUCAAAAUACCUUUGCUCUUGCAGAAAAAA